AUGGCUGCAGACAUACCAAAGCCAUACCAACACCUGCUAGAUGUGUUUGAUGAAGUGGAAGCAGACAAGCUGCCCCAUCAUACUGAGCAUGAUCUCCACCUUGAGUUGAUAGAAGGAGGUAAGCCACCUCAAGGGCCCCUGUACCUUAAGGGACCCAAGGAGAUGUCCGAGUUGAGGAGGUACUUGGAUGAGAACCUCAAGAAGGGGUUCAUAAGACCAUCAAAGAGCCUGGCACGAUCACCAGUGCUCUUCGUACCAAAGAAGGAUGGAGGUCUCAGACUCUGUGUGGACUACCAAGGUCUCAACGAGAUCACUGUCAAGAACAGGGCACCACUGCCCCUCAUUGAGGAGCAGCUGUUCUUACUCAGGAAGGUCAUCCAGAUUGCUAAAGGAGAUGAAUGGAAGACAGCUUUUGGCACUCAGUUGGGACUCUAUGAGUACCUAGUGAUGCCCUUUGACCUAGCCAAUGCUCCGGCUCACUUCCAUGACACUGAAAAGGCACAUGUGAAGCAUGUCACCGAGGUCCUCACUUGCUUAAGAAGCAACAGGCUCUUUGCUAAGCUGUUGAAGUGUGAGUUCCACACCAAGACAGUCAAGUUCCUGGGGUACAUCAUCAAGCUGACAGGCAUAGAGAUGGACCCAGAAAAGGUGCACACUGUCAAGGAGUGGCCAAUGCCAGAGUCAAUCCAUGACAUCCAAAGGUUCCUGGGUUUUGCCAACUUCUAUCAAAGGUUCAUAGCCCACUUUGCUCACAUAGCCAAGCCCUUGACAUCACUGGUAAAGCCUAUAGAAUGGUUCAAGAAGUUCAAGCUACCAGAGGAGGCCCAACAGGCCUUCCACAAGCUCAUCCAGGCCUUCACAUCAGCAGGAGUGCUUCAGCACUUUGACUACCACCUUCCAACAAGGUUGGAGACUGAUGCAAGUGACUUUGCUAUAGCAGGAGUACUCAAGCAGGAGCAUGAAGGACGAUGGCAUCCAGUGGCCUUCUACUCUAGGAAGAUGUCUUCUGCCAAGAAGAACUAUGAAAUCCAUGACAAGGAGCUCCUAGCUGUGUAUCGACCAGGAGACAAAGGUGGUGAACCUGAUGCUCUCACCAGAAGGACAGACAUGCAACCAGCUGGUGAAGAGCAGGAUCACAAUGUGAGGCAACUACUGCCUCCUCGAGUGUUCAAGGAGACAGCAGACCAUGACUCGAUCCUAGUGGCCCCUAUGAUCUCGAUGGAGUCCAUAGCAUCAAAAGGUCUCAGAGACCUGGUCAAGAUCUUCCAGCCCUUAGACCAAGAGCUACAGGAGAUACAUGUGAAGAAGCCCUUCGAGUGGAGGAAGGUUGGUUAUCCCCAAAGUGAUCAUGCCAGGGAGGACCAACAACCGACACUCCAGGAGUGCCAAGAGGUAGAUGGACAGUCUCUCUCUGUAGAGCAUCUGCAAUUCAUGGUGAUGACCCAAUGCCAUGAUGGUAUUACUGCUGGACACAUAGGGAGAGAUGCUACCAUCAAGGCAGCCCAACAACACUUCUGGUGGCCAAACAUGACAGCUUGGAUUGCAGACUAUGUAGCAAGUUGUCCUGUAUGUGCUAGGUACAAAGCUCCUCGUCACCGUCCAUAUGGUUUGCUACAGCCACUAGCAACACCAGACAGGCCCUGGGGCUCCAUAUCCCUCGACUUCAUCGAAGGACUACCACCAUCAAAGAAGUAUGACUCCAAGACCUAUGACUCUAUCUUAGUCAUUGUCGACAGGUUAACCAAGUUUGCCAUACUAGCUCCAACCCAUAAGACAGUCACGGCCAAACAGACUGCAGUAUUGCUAUAUGGACACAUGGUUAGACUCUUCGGAUACCCAGAUCACAUGGUCUCGGACCGAGGCAGGCAGUUCAUAUCAGGAGCAUGGAAGGCAUUUGCAGAACAAAUGGGUGUGAAGCACUCACUUAGCAUGGCUUACCAUCCUCAAACUGAUGGUCAGACAGAGAGGGUCAAUCAGGUCAUAGAGCAAUACCUAAGGAUGUACUGCAACUAUGAGCAGAAUGACUGGGCCGACCUGCUGGACACUGCAGCCUUUGUAUACAACAACAUGGUCCACAACAGCAUUGGUGUCUCACCAUUCUUUGCAUGCUAUGGAUGGAACCCCAAAGCUCAUCCUGACAUCCCUCAAUGA